CGCCCCGUUCAGCCGGGCCGCCCCCCCGCUCUGAGCAUCUCCCGGAGAACGGAGACAAAGGAGGAUUCAUGUCUAAAGGGUUUCCAGAGACCAGGACGGACGCAGCCAUGUCAGAGCUGGUGCCUGAGCCCAGGCCUAAGCCGGCGGUGCCCAUGAAGCCGGUCAGUAUCAAUUCCAACCUGUUGGGCUACAUUGGCAUCGAUACCAUCAUCGAGCAGAUGCGCAAGAAGACCAUGAAGACGGGUUUCGACUUCAACAUCAUGGUGGUCGGGCAAAGCGGACUGGGCAAGUCGACACUAGUCAACACACUCUUCAAAUCCCAAGUGAGCCGCAAGGCUGCCAGCUGGAACCGGGAGGAGAAGAUUCCCAAGACGGUGGAGAUCAAAGCUAUUGGGCAUGUGAUCGAGGAAGGUGGUGUGAAGAUGAAGCUGACCGUCAUUGACACCCCGGGCUUCGGAGACCAGAUCAACAAUGAAAACUGCUGGGAGCCCAUUGAGAAGUACAUCAACGAGCAGUAUGAGAAGUUCCUGAAGGAGGAGGUGAACAUCGCUAGGAAAAAGCGCAUCCCCGACACGCGUGUCCACUGCUGCCUCUACUUCAUCUCCCCCACAGGACACUCCUUGCGACCGCUCGACCUGGAGUUUAUGAAACACCUCAGCAAAGUGGUGAACAUUAUCCCUGUCAUUGCCAAGGCUGAUACCAUGACCCUGGAGGAGAAGACUGAAUUCAAGCAAAGGGUUCGCAAGGAGCUUGAAGUAAACGGCAUUGAAUUCUAUCCCCAGAAGGAAUUUGAUGAGGAUUUGGAAGACAAGACGGAGAAUGACAAAAUCAGGCAGGAGAGUAUGCCCUUCGCGGUGGUGGGAAGUGACAAGGAGUACCAAGUGAAUGGCAAGAGACUCCUCGGCAGAAAAACUCCCUGGGGGAUCAUUGAAGUGGAAAACCUCAACCACUGUGAGUUUGCCCUGCUUCGAGACUUUGUCAUCAGGACCCAUCUCCAGGACCUCAAGGAAGUGACACACAACAUCCACUACGAGACCUACAGGGCCAAGCGGCUCAAUGACAAUGGAGGUCUUCCUCCGGGAGAAGGCCUUCUUGGUACUGUCCUUCCACCUGUGCCCGCCAGCCCCUGCCCCACUGCUGAAUGAAGGCCAUUUCAAGCUGCUUCUCCCUCCAUUCCUCUCAGCUGUUAUUGCUGCAGGGCCAAGCCCUUCUCAGCGCUCUGCUUGUCUAGCCCACCACCACAGCUCCCCACAUCAGCAGGUGGGAGGGGCGAGCUGCCUCUAGGACAGUUGCUUCCUUCAUUUACCCAAACCACCCCUCUCGUCCUGGUGGAAUGGAGUUCUCGUCAGCACUGCCCUGCUUCAUCAUCUGUGUCAGCCGGUCCCAGCCCAUCUGUAGGGAGGAAGAACUCACCAAGAGCUUCUUCUGCCCUUGCAAUCCCUCCCAGCUCCUUGUAACCAUCUCCGAGAGAAAUGGUAUUGCCCCCUCCCCAUUCAUCUGCAUGAGCUACUCUUGGCUCUUCUCAAGGACCAAGAAAACAAUUCUUUUUUGCUUGUCAGAUUCGUGGAUGUCAGCUGUUGUGAGCCCCAAGGGGGGACAAGGGUGUCUCCUUCAUUGCUUGAAGGUAUUCAUGAGGAUGGGUCACUCAGAUGUGGGGGAGCAAGGGCUAGGAUCACUAUUUAGGUAGCACCAUUUGUGGUUGGCCCCGAAUACGCUAUACACCCCCCCUCAACUGCUCAUACUGCAGUCGCUUAGAGUGGUUUUCACCCAGACUUGAAACAAAGAACACCCCCCAAAACCCCAGAGACCCAUAAGAUGUGAACUCUAGGAAGAUAAAAGGCACCCUUCUGACCACUUAGCAAUAAGAGGGAUCUCUUCCCACUCACCCUGGCUAACCCUACCCCCACCCCGUUAAUGUGAGCAAUGAAUUAGCCUGACCACAGGUGGUCGCUGUAGGUUAAUUGAAAAUACCCUGUGGAGGGCAAAGCCCCCAUUAGAUGCAUGAAUGUUUGCGAAUGUCGGCUGCCACUGCCCUACACACUGUCUUUUUGGAACCCCUCCUCCCCCCUCUCUACCUGGAUACAAUCUGCUCAAAGACUGGUGGCUUGUGGGGCCAUUCAUCAACUACCAAGCCCUGAUGAAGUGCAAGAGGCCCAAGCCCGGGGAUGCAAGAACGACCCAUUUCUUCUUCACUGUUUGUUACCAGUCCCAGCCAACCUUUUGGUGACAUGAUGGCUAGACGUCCCAAUUGAAAACGAGCCAACAGACACACAAACUGGUCGUGUAAAUGUUGCUAGACUUCGUGUUGUACAACUAAACAUUGCUGUUUGAACGUAA